GUCAGGUCUUAGAAUGAAGAUGGAUUAUAUAGUUUCUGUGAUGUUUAUUACUGUCGCAGGAUCGCAACAAUUUCAAUUGCAGAUACUAACAUCGCAACUUCAGAUUUGGGUUUGACUAAGAAUAUUACUUCUGAUCAAAAUUCGUCAAAUACGAAUAUUACGUACAAUACCGUGGAAGACAUUGCUGCCAGAAUCACUUUGCCGGUCAAAACAUCGAUUGAUUCUAAUAAAGGAAAUACUGUCCCCCCAAGAGCCUCGGGUUUAAGUAUGGACAUCACUUCUAGUAUGAUUUACUCUACUGUGUCGUCGAAUAGCACUAACAUUACAAAUUAUACAUCGGAAGUGACUGCAAGCACUGCAUCGACAAGAAACCCAGUGAUUCCUAAUAAAGUGUCGAAAAUCCCGAAAAACAAAAGAGACGUAGUAAGAGGAUGCCCAUAUUAUUGUUUAGUGAAUAAAAAAACUCGUAAAAUGCGCAACUGCUAUGAUGAAAUUACACGUCCCCAACAGAUAAAGUGUCUAACGUGUCGUUACAAAUGGGCGAGAUGCAAAAAAUACGACGUUAUGUUCAGAAGUUAAAAUCUUCAUGUAUAUAUUGAAAAUGUCAAUUGAAGAAGACGUCAUAGUUUAUUUUGGUGAACAAUCUAGUGAAUUCAACUUUGAUGGACAUCAGAACCGUCAACGAAUUUCAUGCGCAUUUUGCACGUGUUGUUUAUAAUGUACACAUAUUUUUACGUUUCCAUAUACUAUCAAAUCUGUUACCUUUGCUACUACAAGUAUAAAGGUUGCCGUUUUCAAUAAAUAACCAAUCCAGAAUUUUGAGUCUUCUGCCCUGCUAACACGUACCAUAAACAUACUGUGGCACACCCAAUUCUAUUAAAUGCCAAAGCAACACUGUGUCUCUUUUUGGAGUACCCACGUUGAAGUAUUGUAACUAAGGACUGACUAAGGAAAAAAAAAUUGUAACUGUCUUCAAUUGUGGGACAAUGGUCUUAUAAUGAUCCUCUAGGCUAGGUAACUGUAUAUGAAUUGUUCAUCCCAUUUAUCAACGCAAAAUCCCUGACUUUUCCAAGUAACCUGAACGAGUGAAUGGAAUAUUCAACAUAAUAUCGAUCA